GUUUUGUAUAUAAAAACACACAAAGAAAACGUUGAACUAUCAUUGACAGGUCUAAGGUCAAAAGGAAGGGACAUAUUAUUUCAAAUCGAUUUUUUUUCACUAUGAUUGUCUUUAAAUGUUUAGCGAUUUCACUUGUUUUCUUUUUCAUAAACGAAGUAUCAUGUUUGGAAGAGGUUUCACAGAUCGGAAGACGUGCAGAAACACCGCUGGAAAUCGAAAUUGUCACCGUGGCCGAUUAUAGCAUCUUCAAUAAGUGGUAUGAGCGUUUAGACCCUUCUCUUCCUGAGGCAAAUAAGAUAGAAAUUGCAAAACAAAACUUAACAACAUGGCUUGGUACAAUGAUUCAUACCGCAAACCUCGUUUAUAAGAGACUGGAGGCACAUGGACUUUUCAUAUCAAUAAAGAUCGUAGACCUACUCAUCAUGACAACAGAGGCUGACUCCCCUUGGACAGAGACUACAAAGUUCAAGGUCAACGACACGUACUUCAUUGACCCUUAUGUUGUCCAUUCAAAAUUCAAUCCAAAGUCUAUAGAAUUACAGAAAACCAUUCCGCACGACCAUGCCAUGUUAUUUACAAGGUAUACUUUGCUUCUCGGAAAAAAUGGUACUAAGACCUAUGCAGGUAACGCAGUUCUCGGUGCUGAGUGUAAGCCAACCAGCCAGUCAAUUGUAGAGGAUAGUGAGGAAAUGUAUACAGCUCAAACAAUUGCACAUGAACUAGGUCACAGUUUAGGUUGCGAGCACGAUGGCACAAACAACACGUGUAAAGUGGGUCUGGGUUAUUGCAUGGAGGCAUCCUAUGUUAAAAACAACAAGAAUAAAUGGAUAUUCUCGUCAUGCUCCAUUGAUUACAUCCAAGAAUUUGUUAACCGGACAAAUAGACUCCACAAGAACUGCUUAGCAAAAGUCAAUGACCACCACCCUAAACCAGCUCUUGCAUUAGCCUCACAAAAGUGGGUUGGGGAACUAUAUUCUGUGGAUGAACAGUGUGUCAUUGCCCAAGGAAAAGGCUCGUAUAUGUGCAGGGAAGUUUACAAACAGAAUUUUACGGAGUUUUGUUUGAAAAUGUUUUGCUACAAUCCGAAGGAGGAUACCUGUUAUAUGCAAGAUGGUGGAGAUGGGACGCCGUGCGCUGCUGGGUCUUGGUGUGUGUCCAAUAACUGUGUGAAGGACAGCAGAGCCCCGUCAUCACAUGAUGACAGCUGUCCUUUCGGCGACGCAGAGGGUGUGGUGCAUAACAACCUUACUUGUAAACAAAUUGCUGCAACUCGUCCUAAUGAUUGUUUACGACAAAGCGUCAAACAGAAAUGUUGUGUUUCUUGUAAAACUGCUCAGACCAUAUCAGUGCCGGUUGAUGACCAAUGCAAGGCGGCUUUGGGUCCCCACUCAUACUUGUGCAGGAGUGGACGAAGUUAUCGGGAAUCGUCUUACGAAAUAUUAUGUGAAGACCUUUACUGUUUAAAUACCUCUGAUAGCUGCUCAUCUAUAUAUGCUUAUGAUAAAACACCAUGUGGACACAAAAAGUGGUGCAUAGACAGGAAGUGUGUUCAAGAUUCUAACGCACCAGAUGUGUCCGAUGACUGUCCAGUGGGAGACCUUGACAAUGACCCAUCCGUUUCCUACAGCAAUAUGACAUGCGCAGAAAUAAGACAGCACGACAACAACUGGGCAUGUUACAACAACUAUACUAAAAGACAAUGUUGUAAAACGUGUGAAGAUGUCAGAACAAAUGUUAAAGGAUGUGAAUAUGGUGACAAACAUGAGUCUUGCAAGGCAUUGAUAGCGUCUAACCCAUCUAGUUGCUAUCGAGGUGAUAAUGCCAAUAUUUGUUGCUCCUCUUGCAGCAAAUACUAUACACCAUCUCAGAAAGGCUGUGAAUAUGGGGACAAAGAUGUCACUGGCUGUGCAGACCUCAUUAAAUCCCGCUCUGAUGGCUACCAAUGUUACGGCAACAAUGCUAACAUUUGUUGUAGAUCAUGUGGACAGUUUCUAAAUGCAUCGAAUUCUGGAUGUGAAUAUGGCGAUAAAAGCAAAGAUUGUGCGGCUCUGAUAGCAUCUAAGGCAGAUGCAUAUAACUGUUACGGAAGGAAUGCCGAUGUUUGUUGCGGCUCUUGUGGACAUUACUAUAACCCAUCCCACAAAGGUUGCGAAUAUGGUGAUAAGUACCAUGGCUGUGUGAAAAGUAAAUGUUCAGUUUAUACAGCUGAAUCCAGAAAGACUUGCUGCGAAACAUGCAAACCCUCCGUUGAUAUUGUUGGUUGAAUUUACAUCACAUUUCAAAUUAAAGAAGGAAAUGGAACUGUGUCAAGAA